ACAGCACAAUCGUCCUCUUCAUCUUCUAGACCGAUAUCUGUGCUAUCAGCUCAAAAUGUUCCACGCACACCUCAAACGGAUAUGAAUCUUCCUUCUCAAGCACCGCUCACUACUGCUCCUACUGUCUCUAUUAAUAAAGAUGCGAUACAACAACAAAAUCCUCCAGAUAUUGACGAUUUUUUGUGUAGCAAUAAUUCAUUGGCUCAAGUACUUGUGAAGAAAAUGCACGAGAGACUUCAAAUAUUUAUAAUAGGAGCAAAAGUACUAAAUGAUGUUGCUGAAGCUGAUGUUCCAGAUGGUGAACCUCAUCAACAAGGAAACGCACGUAGUCAAUCGAGCAAGAAGAGAAAACACACUGAAAUGGAAGAUUCUGGAAUUGAAGGUUCCUUAAUAUUUGAAAAAGCGCCUUCAGAAACUCUUGAUCAGCGACUGUUUGCAAAAAAAGAAACGGCUGAUCCCAGGAAGGAGGAUUGUCCAAAUUCUCGAAAACACUUAGCUCAUUCACAAGAUAUGGCCAAUUUCGUCUAG